AAUUUUUCAGGAAUCAUGAAUCCUAAACUUGGAAUCGUCUUACUUUUUAUUACUUUCCUUUCUUUCUCAGCAGCUGCUACUUUAGAGAGGGUCCUUCGAACCUCUGGUACUCCUCCUCAGCCUCCAUACCACCAUCACCAGGGCUCAAGUGCUGGGGUUAAGUAUGGAAGUGGCUAUGGAUCAUAUUACCAUCCACGAGCUAAGUGUCCAAAGCUUAGUGCUCCAGUUGGUGGUAAAGUGAAUGUUACUGGUCAAUAUCUUGGACACAAAGCUAUCUAUUCCUGCAAUAAAGGAUAUGUAUUGGUUGGAUUUCACAUUCGGUUGUGCAUAGGCAAUGGAACUUGGUCUGGAAUGGCACCAAUCUGCAAACGUGUCAAUUGUGGUCCAUUGCCUCACAUUGCUAAUGGAGCUGUAUCUAUACAUCCUGAUACUAGAUUGGGUAGUACUGCUACAUACACUUGCAACAGUGGAUACAAACUAGUUGGUAAUGACACAAGGACUUGUCUAGCUAAUGGAAAAUGGUCUGGACAAGAACCAGUUUGUAGACCUGUUGACUGUGGAGACUUGGACAACCCUAUGAAUGGAUGGGUUCAUAUUUCACCUAAUACACUGUUUGGAGGUCAAGCAUUGUACAGGUGUAAACUAGGAUAUGAACUUAGCUCUGAUGUUGUAAGGACUUGCCAAGCUAGUGGCCAGUGGAGUGGCUCUGCCCCUACUUGUGACCCAAUUGACUGCGGUGAUCAACCAACUUCUGAUCCUAAUGGCCAGAUUGAGUCAACUGAAGGAACUUCUCUUGGAGAUAAAACCACUUACUCAUGUAAUACUGGAUACUUCCUUGUUGGCAGUGCUACCAUUUAUUGUCAGAAUGAUAAAACUUAUUCUGAUGAUGCUCCUACAUGUGAACCUGUUGAUUGUGGAGACUUGGAUGACCCUAAAAAUGGAUGGGUUCAUAUUUCACCUAAUACACUGUUGGGAGGUCAAGCAUUGUACAGGUGUAAACUAGGAUAUGAACUUAGCUCUGAUGUUGUAAGGACUUGCCAAGCUAGUGGCCAGUGGAGUGGCUCUGCCCCUACUUGUGACCCAAUUGAUUGUGGCCCUCAACCCGAACCUGAUCCUAAUGGUUCAAUUAAAGCCACUCAAGGAACUUCCCUCAGAAAUCAAACUGCUUAUCAAUGCAAUGCUGGAUACACACUUGAAGGAUCAGAGACUAUUUACUGUCAGAAUGACGGAACAUAUUCUGAUAAGGCUCCUACAUGUCAACGUAUUGAUUGUGGUGACCUAUCAGACAUUGCUAAUGGGGAGGUAUCAAUUGCUCCUGAUACAAUGUUAGGUAGUAAUGCUACCUACUCAUGUAAUGAUGGGUAUACACUACAAGGAGACAGUGUGAGGACAUGCCAGGCCAGUGGCCAGUGGUCAGGAUCUGAACCAACUUGUACUCCUGUUGAUUGUGGAGACUUGGAUAACCCUGAAAAUGGAUGGGUUCAUAUUUCACCCAAUACACUGUUAGGAGGUCAAGCAUUGUACAGGUGUAAACUAGGAUAUGAACUUAGCUCUGAUGUUGUAAGGACUUGCCAAGCUAGUGGCCAGUGGAGUGGCUCUGCUCCUACUUGUGACCCAAUUGACUGCGGUGAUCAACCAACUUCUGAUCCUAAUGGCCAGAUUGAGUCAACUGAAGGAACUUCUCUUGGAGAUAAAACCACUUACUCAUGUAAUACUGGAUACUUCCUUGUUGGCAGUGCUACCAUUUAUUGUCAAAAUGAUAAAACUUAUUCUGAUGAUGCUCCUACAUGUCAACCUGUUGAUUGUGGUGCCCCUGAUCCAGCAGAUCCUAAUGGUUCAAUACAUUUCACUACUACCACUCUUGGGAGCAGAGUUGUCUACAGAUGUAAUAAGUGUUUUAAUAUUGUUGGUAAAUCUGUGUCCGUUUGUCAAGCAAAUGGCCUAUACUCCAACCCAGCUCCUGUCUGCAAACCUGUUGACUGUGGUGUUCUUCCAGCACCUAAAAAUGGUGGAGUAACUUUCUAUCCAGGAACUUAUUUCACUUCAACUGCUACCUUUAGAUGUAAGAAAGGAUUUAAACUUACUGGUAGUGAAGUACGUACUUGUCAAUGUGAUGGAACAUGGUCAGGAGAAAAGACAGGCUGUCAAAAAAUCCAGUGUCCUAAACUUAAACCUCCACAGUAUGGCAGAAUUUACACCUCUGGUCAAUAUCCUGGUGAUUAUGCUGUCUACAGCUGUGGUUAUGGAUAUAGUUUGAGUGGCAAGAGCCGCAGAGUAUGUCUUCACAAUGGUCAAUGGAGCGGAUCUCCUGCUCAGUGCAAGAAAGAUGAUCAUUAUGGAGGAUACUAUGGAGGAGGAUAUGGUGGCUCAUACAAGGAGCAUGAAUAUUAACUUUUGAAACCAAUGGCACAUUGAUUGUCAAUUAUUUAUGGACAAUUUUUGCUAAUUAAAUUAUAUUAAAUAAUUGAUUCACAUUAAAUUAAUUAAUUAUCACUACACUAGUAUAACAGCUAGUAGUUUAUGGCCAUCUACAACUUUUAAAAUUUGUAAAAAAAUUCAAA